AAAAAAGGAAUAGUUCUUAAGGAAAACCACAUCAGCCGACAUUGUGACUGAAACUUGAAACAAAAACAGGUUUGCAAUGGAUGUUCAUGAAGGACCGAUGUUUGUUAACCCAACUUUCGACGAUUGGAUUUACGAAAACAGCAUUCCACCAUCGCCUUCGAAUUUUUCGCGUCCAUUGCCGUACCGCGCGGAAGUCACUGCUCCUACUGGAACGAGGAAUUCUCGCCAGGCACAAUAUGAGAGUAAAGCACAAGGCAAGAGGAAACCUCCUGUGCGAUCAAACCGGUCACAGUUGACCCUCUUGACUCUUGUGUGCUUGGUGUCUUUCGUAAUAUUUGUGAUGAUCCUUAUGAUAUUCGUUGGAGGAGUAUUGAAGGGUUGUAGCUGUCCUGUAAACCAAGACGAUUCUUCUGGAACUCGCAGUUCGGCUUCUGCCUCACUUACUGAAAUAUUAGACAGAAUCAAGGGGUUGGAGGAGAAUGUCACAAGUCUUCAGAUACGUUUGGAAGAGAAAAACCAAGAGCUGAUGGAAAUUCGUCUAUUACUGCCAAAACUUGAAGAAAACGUUACGAAAGGGGCACUACAAGACUUCUGUGUGGAGCUUAAUUCAACAAGAAGUAACCUGCAAGAUGCAGACGUCAAGUUGCAGAAAUCUUUAGCUGCCGUUAAUUCAUCUCUUGUGGAAAAG